AUGACAUUCCUUCUUCGAGAGAUCGAGGAUCAUGUUUAUCUUUUGUCCAGAGGGAGUCCAAGCAGUCUGUUUCACGUGCCUGACGUGCCUGGAGUUUCCUUUUCGCCUUCUUCUCCUUUUCUCCCUCUUCCUUCUUCUUCACCUCGCAAACGCCCAUUCGAAGACGUCAACAUCGAAGAUGAAGAUGAAUUCCAUACUCCUCCAGACUCCCCCUCGAAAUCAGGUCCCUAUUAUGUGCCCUUUGAUUUAUCGGCCGAUCUCAACCCCCACUUUCGUCCAAACAAGACCCCUCUACUCCAACGAUUGAAACAAUCCGAACAGAAUGUCAAUGCCCAUGUCAAUGUCCAUACCAAUGCUAAUGUCAAUUCCAAUGCCAAUGCCAACCUCAAUCUCAAUUCCGAUCGCAUCAACACCAGUUUGAGCACCAUCUCCACCAUCUCCACCAUCUCCACCUCUUUCUUUCCCGAUCGCUCCACCAUCGAUCACUCCUUUGAUACCGAAAUCACCGAGCCCGAUGCCACCCAAUCCACCUAUGCUGACUCCGUAGCCGGCCUUUUGACCGAACAAUUCCUCCUCGAUGCCGGGUAUGACGGCCCAAAUGACAGUGGCACCACCCAAACCUUUCAAGAUCGGAUCGUGCAGGAGUUGUUGAGCCAGGGCCCUUUCACUCUCCAUCAUCCGUUCCCCGGCAAAUUACCCCUGCGAUAUCGUUACGAGUUCGAGCGACUGGGACGCGCCUGGAAUAUUCCCCUACAACGCGUCUACCGAGGGGAUGUCGCGUCGUGGAAAUCUCACGAUGAUUUCUGGACCUGGGCGCAAAGGCACAACCAACGAUCCGACCAGCCACUUCCACCCAAAGCCCCUCGACGGGCCUGGGAUCAUGCCGUGAAUGACUUCAAAACCGAUGUCCCGUCAGAGGUGGUGGUCUUGACUGGUGAAUUCAACUGGUGUUUACCAGGCGAACCGGGAAUCCUCAAAUUGGACUUGAACCCGUUGAAAACAGAAAAGACCUGUCGCUUUCAUCGUCGAUUUGGCUCCGAUCGGUUUAUGAGCCUCACCAUCCCCGCGCCGUCUUGUCCCCCCAGCCAUCUGAGUUGCAAGGACCCCUCGGCGGGCCUUCGGGAAGCCUUCGCACGGUGGCUCACUCAAAAUGACCAUCACUGUCUCGGUCGGACAUGGCGACCUUUUUUUGUCGAGGAAGUCAAAUCAAAGCGCAAGGUCAAGGCGGAUCCACGCUUUCGAGUGGAAUUCUUCGCGAUCGACGGGGUGGACUUCCAGCAUCAACACAUCCACGACAUUUCAGUCAUCGCUCCUGCACGUCAGAGAAGCGAUAAUCACACACCGAUGACUGUGGGCAAUUUGCUGGAGUGGCAUAUGCCACAAGAGGCCAAUUCCCGCCAGAGCAAUUGCAAAUUAUUUCAGCGACUCUCCCUUGGGUUGUCCAAAACGUUAGCAUCCGUUGUGUUACGACCGACACAGAUCGUGCGACUCCGAGAUCGACCAAAGUGGAAGAUGGUCAUGAAUGAUGGCUGCGCGUUGAUGUCUCGCGCGCUCGCCCUGAAGAUCUGCGAUAGCAUCGGUUUCACAGGUCCCACGCCGAGUUGUUUCCAGGCUCGCAUCGCAGGCGCCAAAGGUCUAUGGAUGGUCGACCGACAUGAAUCUAGCAUUCGCAGCUUUAGCAAGGGUGAUGAUGUGUGGUUGCAGAUCUCGGAUUCACAGUUGAAGAUUCACCCCCAUCCCCAAGAAUUGGGAGACGCGUUUGAUCCCGAGCAGCUCACAUUCGAAGUCGUCAACUGGGCCAAGCCAUUGCACUCGGUCGAUUUAAACAUUCAGCUCCUCGCCAUUCUCCACCAAGGUGGGCACGUCAAACAACGUCUGGCCAAGUUGACACGCGCUGGCAUCGAUGAACUCUAUGAUGAUAUGGCCUAUGUACUACAAUCCGACAAUCCUGUUCUUUGUCGAAGUCUCCUUCAAAAACUUAGGCCCUCGGGCGAUGAUGGAGGGAAUAAACUCCGGCGCCUCGAGCAGUGGGUCGUGAAUGAUGCCGAGUUCAUCAUCCGAUUGUCCGAAGCCGGAUUCGCACCGCAGACCUUCUAUCCUUUGCGAAAGCGACUCGGACAGCUGAUGUGCUGGCUACUGGAUCGACAUGUUGAGGAGCUUCGGAUUCAAGUCCCCUUGUCUACCUACGCCUACUGUGUCGCUGAUCCUUACGAUAUUCUGGAACCGGAUGAAGUGCACUUCGGCUUCUCUGCGCGCUGGAAGGACCCCAGUCGGGAAUUCGAAGACAUUCAGCUGGAGGGGGUGGACGUCUUGGUCGGGCGUCUACCAGCCCAUGUACCAUCCGACAUCCAACGAAGAAAAGCCGUGUGGAAACCCGAACUUCGUCACUUUCAGGAUAUUAUUGUAUUUCCCCGGAAAGGAAAUAUCGCCUUGGCACACAUGCUCUCGGGUGGAGACUACGAUGGCGAUACACCGUGGAUCUGCUGGGAUCCGCAGAUCGUCCAAAGCUUCAAAAAUUCCCAACUCCCAGAUGCUGAAUUCGGGGCUGAUCAUUUUGGACUCACCAGUUAUUCAUUACCAAUGAGCCAGGUUCCAUCCACCGAAGCGUUCCUGUUAUCCACGUUUGAAUUUAAUCUCACUAGUUCCGGCCUCGGACGGUGUACUGUAGAGCAUGAGAAGAUUGCCUACGAUGAAUCGAUCAACAGUCUCAAGGCCAUAGAGCUUGCGAAUCUACUGAGCCAUCUAGUGGACGGGCGCAAAGGCGGCGUACACCUCUCGGAGCCAGCAUGGCAAGCGUAUCGCAAGAAAAUCAGCCCAAGGCAAAGAGCAUUGCCUGCAUAUCAUAACCCUGGUCGCACUCCCAAGACAAGCAAUAUUGUGGAUUAUCUCAAGUUCGAUGUCGCCAAAGGCCAUGCCCAUGUGAUACGCGAAAGGCUGGAGCGAGAAUUUCCCGAGGCCCAAGGAAGAAACGAGAUAGACGAUGACUUGGCUCGUCCAAGCCGAAAGGCGUCGGAAGCUGCACGUGUCGACCGUCAACAAGGCGGCGAGCUCCAAGCAACUCUGCAACAGAUCCAAUCUGCCAUUGACCAGCUUUGCGACCAAUGGAAACUCGCCUUUCGAACCGAAACAGAAGGGUUUCCGAUUGAAGCGCGACAGGCGAUUGAGUCUGCUGGCUCGCUCUGCCCCCCCCAGUUCAGUCCGGAGGAGUGGCGCCGUUUUCUCGCAUCGUGUGCCUAUGUGACACAUCCGCACUCGAGUUUCAUUUUUCAUGCCUUUGGCGAGACGAUAUGUCAGCUAAAAGCAGAGGCUCUCCCGUCACGACUGGUGACUCACGAUGUUCUUGCUUGUUAUCGGAUGGACCAGAAAACGGUCGCUCGACUCACAGAAGCUGGCCUCUCUGGCGAGAUGGAAGAUGGCGAUCAGUAUGAAGGAGAGGAUGCCAUUGAGGCUUUCUUUCUUGGGACAGACCAAGGAUAUCAUGAUGGACUAUAUGACGACGAACCAGGUAUUGAGUAA